GUCGCUGUGUUUCGUCAUUGAUGUGCGACAGAAAAGCUGCACGUGAGACCGAGCAGAGGCUGUUUCGGUUGCAGUGUUGCUGGAAGUUGAAGCUGAAUCUGAAGUGAUCAGAGAGCUGAGAGAUGGAGAGAAGAGAGGAGGAGGAGGAAGAAGAGGAGAAGACUGCAGCUCAAGAGGAGGAGGAGGAAGGAACAGCUGAAGACAGAGGUGAUGAUGAUGAGACUGGAGAUGCUGCUGCGAUGAAGACGAAGACCAAACAAAAAGGUGCUGCAGUGAUUUCUCAUUCAGACCGGAAGUGUGUCCCAGGUAUCAUCUACCUGGGUCACAUUCCUCCGAGGCUCCGCCCCAAACACCUGAGGAACCUUCUGUCGGUUUUCGGAGAGAUCGGACGAAUAUUUCUACAACCUGAAGACCAUCAGGUGAGGAGGAGAAAGAAGAAGUCUGGUUUGAGGAGGUGUGAUUUUACUGAAGGAUGGGUGGAGUUCAGAGAUAAACGAGUGGCCAAGAGGGUGGCGGCAUCUCUCCACAACACGCCGAUGGGAACCAGGAAACGCCAACGCUUCUCCUCAGACCUGUGGUGCAUCAAGUACCUGCACAGGUUCCAGUGGACUCACCUGAGCGAGCGGCUGGCCUAUGAGCAGACGGUUCUGCAGCAGAGACUCAGGACGGAAGUUUCUCAGGCGAAGAGAGAAACAAACUUUUACCUGAACAAUGUGGAGAAGAGCACUCACCUGGAUAACCUGAGGAGGAAGAGACAGAGACACGGACAGCAGGUGGACGAGAAGACGUGGGACUUCACUCAGCGUCAGACAGAGGACGAGAUCCAGAGGAAGAAGAAGAAGAAAGUGUCUGUUACAGAGAAGCACCUGGACAAGGCCCGCCUCCUACAGCAGAAGAGCCAAUCAAACGUCUCCCUGCUGACCAAGAUUUUCAACUCCAACCAAUCAGAGGGACAGUAGAGAGAUGGCUGAUUGGCUGUUGGACAGGAGUGUUUCCAUAGAAACACAAGUAGACUGUGAUGAACUGUGCUGACACACCCACCUUCACCAGCCAAUCACAGA